CAUAAAUUAGACUUAAUUUAAUCUCACUUUGACACGUUAACUUUACAAUACCUGGUCACGUGACCUGUCUGCUGCUCCUAAGGAUAAAAAAACGAAAACAAGAUUUUACAGGAAGUCCCGUUAUGACCGCCUGACUGAGGUAAGACACAGACACACUGAGUUUAAGGAGUUUUAGCCUGACAAAAGAGGAAAACCGGGUUUAUUAGUUUUACUAUAAGGCGUUUUAAGUUACGUUAGUUUUGAGGGUUAGCCCUGAAAUGGAAACCAAAACGAUAACGAAUAACUUUGAGUCUGCUGUGGGUAAAUAUGUCGAUGUUGACAGUAAAAUGAGAAGAAAACUGGAUCAGUUUAACUUCAUUUCUCAGAUGAAGAACUUCAUGUACUCGCUGACCCUGACAAGUGUCUGUCAGAGGGACGUCCUGACUGUUUUUAGCCACGACACAUGACUGUAACCACGAAAAGCAGCUGUUAGCCUUUUCUUUUAUAAUACAUGUUUAAUAAACGACGAACUAACGUCUAUUUUUCAGAUGUGGAGGAUGGACGUGUGAGUGUAAACAUGAGGAGGGAAACUGUUCUGAAGUUUAGGGGAAAACCAGCUGAGUAAAAAGUCGAGAGGCAGGGGUGAGUCUAGCGUUUUUGUUACCAUGGGGCUCUUAAUGGGCACCUUACCCACCACACCACUGUCAUUAAAGGGAUAUUCCGGCGUAAAAUUAAUUUAGGGUUAAACACACCAUAACACCGAGUUAGACCCCCCCUCCAGAGAUGAAUGUUGCCGACCGCUCUCUUCUCUAGUUAUACCAACUUUAGUAACAAUGGCAGGAUAGCAAUACAGAGAGCCACGCACUCAACCAAACGCCGCAAAUAAUGCUCAGAACAGCACCUAACUUCAUCAACAGGACAUAUAGGGUCACAGCCAUAGUACUAGACAACAAACAUCUUUUUAGCUUUGACUCAUUUCUUUAGCAAAGAGACUAAACACAACUCACCUACUCUCUUCCAGCAGCCGCUUGUUUGUACAGAGACCUCAGGCCAGUCCAUAAUGGACUACAGCGGGGUGACGCAGCUCAAGGAAGAACAUUUAUUAAUUUGAUGAUUAUUACUUUAAGGUAAUGAUAAAGAAAUAAUCAUAAAUGUUCUUCCUCGAGCUGCGUCACCCCGCUGUAGUCCAUUAUGGACUGGCCUGAGGUCUCGCUACAAACAAUCAGCUGCUGGAAGAGAGUAGGUGAGUUGUGUUCAGUCUCUUUCAGGCAAAGUUAAAAAGAUGUUUGGUGUCUAGUACUAUGUCUGUGACCCUAUAUGUCCUGUUGAUGAAGUUAGGUGCUGUUCUGAGCAUUAUUUGUGGCUAUAGAGCGGCGUUUUGGUUGAGGUUUGUUGAUGGCUCCUCAGACCGCUGUAUUACUAUGGUGCAGUCAUUAUCCUAAAAGUUUAAAUCAGAUAUUAAUCCAGAAGUUUAAUUUGAUAGUUAAGCUUUGUGGAUGAAUGUGGUCAGUUGUCAGGUAUUGCAACGUAAAACCUUCUUUUCAUCAGGAUCUAGAGUUAGUGUACUUAAUUAUUUUCAACUUCUAUGUCUUAAAUACGUUUAGCCUUUAAAAUGGAUGCUGCAGAAGAGACUGCGAAGCCUCCUGAUAGGCCAGAGUUUCCUGCCUCAUCCUGCCUGUCCAUGAAAAGUGACGCCUCCAUGAAUAUCAUUCAUGAGUUCACCAAAGAUGCUGCUAAAAGGUAUAAAAAGUCUAUCGUGGUCUUUGCUUGUGCUUGCUUGUGGUUUAUGGGGGGGUUAAGUUCAUGUCUGAAUGUAUACCCACAAUAAUUAAUUUGACUUAUAUCAUCUUAUGAGAUUUAAAGAAACCAGCGUUAACCCUUUCUUUCCUAUUUAUCAGCUUAAUCAACGCAGAGAAGUCAAGUUUGCCUUAUUCAUCUAACAUGUCCAUGAAAAGCGAUGCUUCCUUAAAUAUCAUUUAUGACUUCAACAAAGAGGCCACUGCAAGGUACAUGACGUCUGUUUUUCUGUUAUUAACCAUUAACUUUACUGUAACAGGAGUACUUGACUACCAUACGUAAAAACCUCUGUGAGGAGUUAUGAAACAGACUAGAAUAAAGAAUUGUGACCAAAUGGACCAGUCUAUCUAUCUAUCUAUCUAUCUAUCUAUCUAUCUAUCUAAUUUCAUUAUUUUUUUUGCAGUUCAAUUAUUCUGGAGCGAUCAAACGUCCCUGACUCAUCGUGUCUGUCCCUGAAAAGUGACGCCUCCAUAAAUAUUCAUCAUGACUUCAGCAGAGAUGUCGCCAACAGGUACUCAGUGUAAAGUCUCGCUCGUUAGGAACUGAAACACUAAGGGGAUUUUUUUCAGUUAUUUGAAACUGCCAUAGAAAUAACUCGUUUUGACUGAUCAGACAAGAACUUUCUCACUUUUAUUUUCAUUUCAUGGUGCAGCCUGUUCAUUCAUUUCUAUUAUUUCUAUCAAGGAGCCAAAGUGAAGGUUCAGAAUUAAAGGAAAUGGAUGGAACUACCAUAUUUAAGGUGAUCACGUGUCUAAUGUCUGAACAGAGAUGAAAAGAUUUGUAGUGAAUAUAAGUCAGUGAAAGUUAUUAUUCUACCUUUUCAAUCACAGUUGGUGGAGGAACAGGCCAGGAACAUGUUGCUGUCUGAGCUAAAAAGGUUUGAAAGGAUGCUUUUUCCACACCUUUCACAACCUGCUGAGAGCGACAAGCAGAAUCGAGACUGUCUGAGUGCUGAAGAUACAAAAGGAGACGCCAGUGUUAGUGAGGGAGCUCUGAAGAUCGCACUACACAUCCUGAAGAAAAUAGGCCAGAGAGAGCUCGCCAAUAAACUUGAGAAAAGUAAGGACUGAGCGAAAACAUGUCCAAGAUGGUGUCUAGAAAAUGUUGAUUAUAACUAAAAACUUCUCUCUUCACUAGGUGUUUAUGGUGAGCUUGACGUGUGCCAGCGCAAACUCAGACGCAAACUUAAAAAGUUCGAAUACAUCUACGAAGGAGUGGCACAACACGGAAAUCAGACACUUCUGAACAAGGUUUACACUGAGCUCUACAUCACAGAGGGAGUCUGUGAAGGUGUUAAUAACGAACACGAGGUCAGGCAAGUUGAGGCCGCCAACAGGAGGCGGGCAAUGGAAGACAAACCCAUCAAAUGUGAAGACAUCUUUAAGCCGCUGCUUGGACAGGACAGAUUCAUCAGAACCGUGAUGACGAAAGGAAUCGCUGGGAUUGGGAAAACGAUCUCUGUGCAGAAGUUUAAUCUGGAGUGGGCCGAGGGGAGAGUGAACCAGGACAUCCAGCUCCUCGUGAAUCUGCCGUUCCGGGAGCUCAAUCUGAUGAAGGAGAAACACCACACGCUGACGCAGCUUCUUCAUCAUUUUCUUGCUGAAGCAAAAGAAACAGGAAUUUCCAAUUUUGGGAAGUACAAGAUCGCACUGAUAUUUGAUGGUUUGGAUGAGUGCCGACUUCCUCUGGACUUUGACCGUAAUGAGCUCUGCUUCAGUGACUCAGAACCGGCUUCAGUGGAUGUUCUCCUGACCAACCUCAUCAAUGGGAACCUGCUGCCCUCUGCACAGAUCUGGAUCACCUCCAGGCCUGCAGCUGCAAAUCGCAUCCCGGUUGAUCUGGUUGAUCGCGUGACAGAAAUCCGAGGGUUCAACAACCCCCAGAAGGAAGAGUACUUCAGGAAGAAAAUCCCCGAUCAAAGCAUGGCCAGCAAGGUCAUCCUACACGUGAAGUCAAUCAGGAGCCUCCACAUCAUGUGCCACAUACCGGUCUUCAGCUGGAUCUCUGCGACUGUUCUGCAGAAUAUUCUAGAAGAGAGUGAUGGCCAGAAAUUAGAGAACGACAGCAAGAGAGACAUGCCUGAAACCCUGACACAAAUGUACUCUCACUUCCUGGUUUACAACUCAGUGAUCCGAUCCAGGAAGUAUUCAGCGGGACAAGACGCCUCAGAGACACAGUCCCCAGAAAAAAUGAACGGAGAGAUGAUCUUGAAGCUUGGAAAACUGGCCUUUGAGCAUCUGACUAAAGGCAACAUGAUCUUCUAUGAAUCUGAAUUGGACGAGUACAACAUCGAUAUCAAAGACGCUGCGAUUUACUCAGGGGUGUUCACACAGAUCUCUGAGGAUGAUUUUGGACUCCAUCUGGAGAGGGUCUACUGUUUUGUGCAUCUCAGCAUCCAGGAGUUUUUUGCAGCGAUGUAUGUCUUCCACACGUUUGUGUGCUUCAAGCAGAACUUACUGAAGCCGAAAGAAACCGCCUCAGACCAGGAGUCUUCCAGUGAAGUGACCGGUCUUCUCCAGAGUGCGGUGGAUAGAGCCUUGGAGAGCAACAACGGACACCUUGAUCUGUUCCUUCGCUUCCUUCUUGGCCUCUCACAGACCUCCAAUCAGACUUUGUUGAAGAGCAUCCUGACCACCAUGGCGAGCAGCUCACCAAGAAAUGAGGAAAUUGUGGAGUACAUCAAGCAGAAGAUCCGGCAGAACCCCUCCCCAGAGAGAUGCAUCAACCUCUUCCACUGCCUGAGUGAGCUGAAUGACCAGUCUCUGUUGGAGGAGAUCCAGCACUUCCUGAGCUCCGGUAGUCUAUCAGAGACCACGCUGUCACCUUCACAGUGGUCUGCCCUGGUCUUCAUGUUGCUGACCUCCAAGGAGGAGCUGGAUCACUUUGACCUGAGAGAAUAUUCACGAUCUGAAGAAGGUCUUCUGUGGCUGCUGCCAGUCAUCAGAGAAUCCAGAGUUGCUACGUGAGUAAAGAAGAACAUCUUCUCCUGUGGUCGUGGUACACACUGUAGAGACUGAGCCUCUUGCAGAUGAUAGUCUAAUUUCUGUGUCUCUAAUGAAACAUUUGGCACAUUGACCUGAUGAUACAUGAUGAAAUGUUCUUUUCAUUUUGCAGACUCAAAGAGUGCAACCUCACCAACAAAUGUUGCAGAGCGCUUGGAGAAGUUCUGAGUGAUUCCUGUCUGAAAGAACUGGACCUUCGUGACAACGAUCUCCAAGAUUCAGGAGUAGAGUUGUUGUCUGCAGGACUUGCAAGUCCAACAUGUCAACUUGAAAAACUGAGGUUUGUGGCAGGUGCUUUGUUAGUAUGUUGGUCUGUUAUGAUGAAGAUGAAGUCACCUCAUGAAGGAGGGUCGUAGUCUCGUGCUGUUGAUAACGUUUCAUGUGUAAUCUCUCAAAACUAGGCUGCCGUUCUGUGGGAUAACAGAGAUUGGCUGCGACUCUUUGGUUAAAGCUGUGAGGGCCAACCCAACUCAUCUGAAGGAUCUAGAUCUAAGUUACAACAACCCUGGACCAAGUGGGACGGAGCUCUUGUUGUCUUUGCAGAAGGACAUGAAACAUCUGACUGUCAGGUAUGGCUUUAAAAAUCAUUCUAAAAUCGUCCCUAUGUUACUGAGACUCUCUCUUCUCACUGUUUCAUAUCCCGUGUCCAGCGAAGCUACUUGACAUGGUCAAUGACACACCACCCUCUGACCAGAAUGCAAACUUGGGUAGCUUGUUGGUCUUUCCUCUUAAUCUAAAGAACAGGAAUUUGACAGACUGCACAAACACCUCCUCUUGCAUUCCCAGAUACACUCCUACAGUUUCAUACCUCAAAUAGCUGGUAGAUACCACUGAAAUAAUCUUAGUUUGAGCCCUCUCCUCUGUGCACAUCGAUCAGAAGCCAAGCAAAUAAAAACAUUAAGGGAGUUUUGGGGCCUUGUGGUAUUUUUGGAUAAACAGCAAACUCUUCUGUUGAAGGACUGCAGUUUAUCAUCAAGCAAGAAGUGUGGAUCAAGCAUGGCAGGGUUUGUUGUGCCAGCAGCACUCACCUCCUUAAGAGUUGGGUGGAUGCAAGUCUGACUAUUACUCAAGGUGCACCUAGUUUCUGGUCCGACUGACCCCCAAUGUCCACCUCAUCUGGAACGGCUACGAAAAGGCUGUAUCCUCCGAUCGUAACCACUCAAGUUAACGUGUCAUUUUCCACCGGCUUCUUUCUGGUCUGCUGCGGAUCGCCAGACUCCGGAUGCCGGAGCAUGCCGGAUACAUUCAGCACAGAUUAACCCGUGCUGGAAAGGAAGUCACAGAUUAUGUAGGAAUUGGCGUACAGCGAAAAAUGCUGCCAUUCUGGAUGCGGUGGAAAUCCUGGGUGAGUCGUUUGUGCAUGGGUGAAAAUUCAUGGUUGUACGACAUUUCUUAACUUGCAAAACAUCCUCCAUCUGACCGCUGAUCCAUCCUCACUCAGGUGGAAAAAUACAGAUUAAUCAGACCCUCUUGGUCGUCUCUCCUCUCUAUCUUUGAGGUCUGGGAAGAAGUUACACACACCUUUAGGGACUGGUUGUUGUUUCAGGCUCUGCAGAUGCCUGGUGUUUUUCAGAACAGAGGUGGAUCAGGAUGUUCAGCUGGAUUGAUGUGGCCUUUGGGCCUCUUAGGUCGCAGGUACUAAAGAUACUGAACGUCUGUAAGGUUUGGUAUGCGCUCAGAGGGGAAAGCAGUCGCAGUAUCAUGUCUUUGUGUUGUUGGCACACAUCCGAGUCUGGGAUUUUGAGUCACCACAAAAAGGUACAGGCUGCAGCUUGCAUGAACAGCUGGUUUGUGGGACUGUUGUUAGAUGCUUGGGUUUGGUUGGUAACAUUGAAACAAGAAAUGCAAGACCCCCCAAAAGAUCAGCCCACCUCGUUUUGGGAUAGGAGUCCAAGUGGGAAGUGGAAGUGGGCCUUACAGCUGCAGCAGUGGAGUGCAGUGCCGUCUGCUCUUCUUCAUGAUGAUCUCUUCACUCAGAGAUCCAGAGAUACUAUGAAUUUGUCUGUUUUGUUCUUGUUCUGUAAAUAAUUGUACGUUUUUCUACUUUCUCAGCUUGGACAACAACGCAGAGUGCUACUUGAAAUCAUCACUGAGGAAAUGUGAGUUUUCUCUUCAAACAAAUCAGGGAUUGUUUGCACACAGUCGAGGCGUUUGACCUUGAAUCGCUAUUUCAAGAAAACAGCCUUUUCAGUAUAAAUUUGUUUCCUGUGCUUUUUUCUCGUCAAUAGAUGCCUGCCAGCUCACAAUGGACGUGAAUACUGCCCACUCCCACUUGUCCUUUUCCGAAGACAAGAUAACAAUGAUCCGGGAGACAACAGCACAGUCGUAUCCUGACAAUCCUGAGCGGUUCACAGACUGGGGACAAGUGCUUUGUUCAGAGGGUCUGUCCUCUCGCUGCUACUGGGAAGUGGAAUGGACAGGAGAGCGCACAGGUAUCGGGGUAGCUUACCAAGGAAUCAGCAGGAAGGCCAAAGGUAACGAGUCGGUUCUGGGCUACAAUAAUCAGUCCUGGAGUCUGCGCUACUGUCACGGUAAAUACACCGCCUGGCACAAUAGAGACGACGCACCCAUAUCUGUCCCCUAUUUCAACUCGAAAAGAGUGGGCGUGUUCUUGGACUGGUCAGCUGGCACUUUGUCCUUCUAUGCUGUAUCAUAUAAUAACACUAUGACUCACCUGCAUACUUUCCAUGUGAAAUUCUCGGAGCCGCUGUAUCCGGGCUUCAGACUGGGACUUGCAGAUACCUCACUGACUCUGUGCCAGCCUGAAUACCUCUAACUACUUCUGAGUACUCCAGGCUCUGGUUCUGCUCCGUUUGUUAUCGAGCCCACAGCUGAUUCUUGGUCCUGACAGUAUUCUCAAUUUUACCCCAUAUAUCCUGAUUCUUAAGCUGUCCAAUCAGAUACCGGCAACACUCUCAAAAUAAAAUACAGUUAUUUAUAUGAUAUUAUACAGUCGAUAUUUAAUGUUUUUAUUUAUAUAAUAACUUAAGGCAUAAAAUGUCAACUUUGUUAGUAUUAUUGGUGUUUCAGAAGCCUUGUCAUUAUAAAAAAAAGGGUGUUCUAUCUUUAUGAAAGAUAAACUAGCUGUAAUUUCAAUAUUCCUGUUAAAGUCCUGGUUGACGAUCUGAGAAGUGGUUGAAAAAAAAUGAACUGCUCCGAGGAGGGCCGGUAGAGUGGGAGGGGACGGGUCGGAACUACGCGAGAGGGGUGAGUUGAAUACAGCGAGGUGAUUGGAUGUAGAGGCGGAGCCGGAGAUUGACCAAUAGGAGCUGUCCGGGACAGAUGGCUCCCAUUGGUCAAUGUUUUUGUAGCCCUGUAACUGAUAGGGUGAACAGAUUUUUUCCGUUCUUUUUUCUCUUCACUUUGUGGAGAUCGCACUGUAGGACCAUGAUCGCCAUAGAAACGAGGUUCAUAAUAAUUACCAAUCUCUACAAUCGACAACCAUGACUUUAAGGCAUAAAAUGUCAACUUUGUUGCACUAUUGGUGUUUCAGAAGCCUUGUUGUUAUAAAAAAAGUGUUUUCUAUCUUUAUAAAAGAUAAAUUAGUUGUAAUUUUUAAUAUUGUUAAGUUUAAGUCUUCAAAAAGACGUCACACUGGGUGACUUUGAUUGUAUUUUAUUAAAAAUGGCUGACUUAAGAAGUCGUACCGAGGUUAGCAAACUACCACCUAGCUAACCGUUUCCAUCCAGCUAAUCAACUUUGCACUAAAAACUGGGAUAUCUGUAAAGCUGGAUUACAUCAUAAACUACAUUCAAGCCAAAUAUCUGUAUUAUGUAUUAAUGUGCAAUUUGCAUGAUGUACCGUUAAUAAAUAUUUAACAUGCAUCUUGUGUUUUAUAUUUUGUCCUUGUCUGUUUUUUGAUGACGCACUGAAGCACUGUGUUUACACUCCGAGGUUCAUUUAACAUCUGCUUACAGGAGGAGGUACAGGAGGAGGUACAGAAGGAGGUACAGGAGGAGGUACAGAAGGAGAUACAGGAGGUUUUUAGUACAAGUUAAGGUGAAAGAAAUUCAGUGAAUUUAGUGAGAUGAGAGUUCAGAUCGUAUACAUGUACGUUGUGUUUGUAAAGGUAUGAAUACAAAUUUAAGGUACAUGUACUUGAAUAGUAUGUUUACAUUUACUGGUACUUUAGAGUUUUACUGGAAUUAGACGCAGAGACAGUUAUUGAAUUCACUAACAAUUUACUUAAACUAGUGCAUAGCAAUACUACAAACAUUCAAUAAUAAUGUAAAAUGAAUUGCUCCAGAUUUAAUUACUUGUUAGUUACUUGUUAACUAUUGAAGAAGUCAACAUCCAGCCUACCUUGAUUGAUUGUUAUUAUUAUUGUUGUACGAGCUACUAAAACUUUAGUCAAACAUAACAAGGAACUAAAGCUUCAGGGGUCUCUUAUAUAAAGGGAUUUAAGUGCGAGAGUUUUUAAGACAGUAGGAUAAUAGUGAAACUUCUUCCCAAGAAUUCCUGAAUAGUUUUAGCACGAGCAGCUUGUUGGACCAUAGUGAGUAAACACAGCUCAUCUGCGAGUGGGAGGGAGAGAACCUGACAAACAGGUUUGAGCUCCUUUACUACAGUUAAAACUCACAUCAGUGUAAACACCCUUACAUUAAAGAGUGUGAGACUCAGGGGGAAUGAGAAACAGAAGACUGACUGAGGUAAAGGUAAGGGAUUUUAUAUUUACCGCCACUUCUGGAGUCAUAGCUCCAACAACCGACGCCAACAACCUCCAUCUUCCUAAAUUUCGUGACAACAACCCACAUGCGCACAUACGUUAACCUCCUAUUCUCAGAGUGAUGGCUUCACUGAAAUUAUGGAGAGUCAGGAACUGUCUCAACUAGAAGUAACAUUAUUAACAAGAAAUCCAGUCCGUUACAAUAAAUUCGGAUGGACUCACAACAGCAACAACGUCAAAUUAAUGUUUGAUAUUAAACUCACAUUAAACAUGUCAAAUAAACAACACGUAUUUAUCACUAAAAAACAAACUCAUUUCA